GGCCCGGCAUCUAAUCUCCAGUGCUUAGAAUGCGCAUCAUCAUGUGUAAACCAGUAACUUAUUGUGUUCUCUCUGCCCUGCUGGUCGCCUCCAUAGCUGCCUACAAUUUCGAUGAUCCCGAUUUCAACCAAUUUCUAGCAGAUGACUUAGAAGACGUAUAUUCAUUCUCCUACACGCCCCCUCGUCAGCGCAGAGAUGAAAAGGCAGUGGAAGAUGAUAAAUGUCAUCCAUCAAGAAGAGGAAGACCAAGAGUUUGCUGUGCCGAAGAAGCCAUGAACAGUAUUCACGAAGAGAAGAGAGACAUCAAGAGAGCAUGCUUCAAAGAUAUCACCGGUAAAGAGAAACCCCAACGACAAGAAAAGCGCCAUGGACCUCGCGAAAAUCUGUUUGAUCCAUUCAAUUGCGAGAAAGUGGAGCAGCACAGAAGAGAUAUGAUCGUGAGUCAAUUUUUAUCAAAAACCCUUUCAAAUUUGCACAUUAACAGUUUUCCAUUUAUGUCUUUUCAUUCACAGAUUGACACCGAUGGCAACGUGAAACCUGAAGAUUUCGAAAAAUACAUAAAGAAAGCUCUGGAAAAAGAAGACUACCUUCUUCCCCUUCAGGAAAAGAUUAUCUCUACUUGCCUUGAAGAAGUGAAGAAUAGCACUCAAAAGGCAGCUCCAGAAGAUUCUUGCACGGUGACGGCUAUAAAAUUGGAUCACUGCAUUUUCAAAAAUAUUCAGCUGAACUGUCCAGAAGACAAAGUCAAAGAUUCAAAAAGUUGUUCGAGAUUGCAAGAGAGACUCAAGGCUGGUAACUUUGUCAAAGGGCCUCCGCCGUCAGCACCAACAGAUUUCGAAGACGAAUAAUACGUGGCUAUGACGAUGUUUCAAUGUUAUGAUUUUUUUUUCAAUAAAGCUUGAAGUAUUGAGAGUCAA